GAAUUGUGUGUACACAGAUAAGACACUUGCCAUAUAUCAUGUGGACAAGGUGCUAAUUCGUUUGGACUUCUCUAAGCCUAAGAGUAUAGCUCCAGCACCAGCUGUGGCCAAGGCACCUAAAGCUGAUAAGGACAACUCUACAGCAGAAGACGAUGACCAGGCUCAUGCAGCCAAGGAAAGCUCUGGAGCCACUAGUUUUGUUAGCAUUCAUGGAACAACCUUGACCUCCUUUGGGAUUGCUCUGCUUGCAGCGACAGCGACAACUUGGC